AUGUCCGACCCCACCUCCAUUGCCCAGCAGUUCACCCAGUUCUACUACCAGCAGUUCGACUCGGACCGCAAUGGCCUUGCCUCCCUCUACAGGGACAACUCUAUGAUGACCUGGGAGUCUACCCAAAUCCAGGGUUCCGCUGCUAUCGUCGAGAAGCUUGUCGGUCUUCCCUUUGCCAAGGUCCAGCACAAGGUCGUCACCAUCGACGCCCAGCCCUCCUCCCUCUCCGUCGCUUCCCUCAUCGUCCUCGUAACCGGUCAAUUGCUUGUCGAUGAUGGGCAGAAUGCUCUCCAGUUCACCCAGGUCUUCCACUUGCAACCCGAGGGUGGAAGCUACUACGUCUUCAACGACGUCUUCCGACUGUAA